CCUGGUAUUACUCCCUCAAAGUUUUUUGAAAAUAAAUUAUCUAUUCUUAAAGAUUUUCUUAGAAAUCAUCAAAAUAUUAAAGUAAGGUUUGUUUUAGUUUGUAUGAUGGAAAAAAAAGGUGAUUAUAAAUUAAGUUUUAAAGUUCAGGAUAAAGCAUAUUUUCAUUCUAAUACAUAUAUUAAUUUUAAAACAAGUGAUGUAAAAGAAUUACUUAGUAAACUUAUUAGAGAAAUCACUGACAAAAUUUAUAAAUAUCAAGAAAAUGGAAGUGGAUGGUAUUUUAAAGAAGUUGUUCAACUUGAAAUUCAUACCACUGAAUUUAAUCCUAUGAAAGGUUCUUCUUAUAUUCCUCUUCCAGAUUGGAUUAUGAGAAAAAAAGCAAUUGUUAGUAUUCGAAAUAAAGAUGAAAAAUGUUUUCUUUGGUCAGUACUUCGUUAUCUUCACCCAAGAGAAAAAAAUGAUUGUCGUUUGAAAGAUUUAGAAAAGUAUGAAUUUUCACUUAAAACUAAAGGAAUUACUUUUCCAAUGAAAAUAAAAGACAUUACCAAAUUUGAAAAACUUAAUCCAGAUCUUCCAGGAAUAAACGUUUUUUCUGUAGAUGAUAAAAAGACUAUUUAUCCUUUGAGAGAGGUAAGUAAAGGUUGUAAAAAUACUAUUGAUUUAUUUUUAUAUGAAAAAGAUGGUAAAUUUCAUUAUUCACUAAUUAAAAACUUAUCUCGACUUAUACGUAGUCAAAUUACUACAAGAACAGAUGAGCCAAUUCAUAUUUGUAAGAGAUGUUUUUGUCAUUUUACAAAGGAAGAAUUAUUAGAUAAUCAUAUCAAAUAUUGUAGUAACAAUGCAACAGCGAUUGUAAAAAUGCCUGAACCAAACACAAUGUUAUACUUUAAAAAUUAUCACAAAAAACUUCCUGUUCCUUUUGUAGUUUAUGCAGAUUUUGAAUGUUUUACCAAACCAAUGAAUAGUUGCAGUCCUAAUCCAAAAGACUCUUAUAAUUACAACUAUCAAAAACAUGAACCAUCAGGAUUUUGUUUUUAUGUAAAUGGAAUAGUUGAUAAAAAAAUAAAACCAAUAAUUUAUACAAAAACUUCUGAAGAUGAAGAUAUAUCAAAAGUAUUUGUAGAAAAACUUGCAGAAGUAACAAAAGGAAUUUAUAAUGAUUUUUAUCAAAGACCAAAACCUCUUAGACUAACUCAGAAAGAACAAAAAUCAUUUGAGAAAGCAGUUAACUGCCACAUUUGUAGUCGCGAAUUAAAAAAAGAUAAAGUUAGAGAUCAUUGUCACUUUACAGGUCAGUAUCGCGGAGCAGCACAUAACAAAUGUAAUCUUAUGUGUCGUAAACCAAGAGUACUACCAGUUAUAUUUCACAAUCUUCAAGGAUAUGACGCACAUUUGUUUAUAAAACAACUCGCUAGAUUAGAAGGAGAUUUAAAUUGUAUUCCAUCUACAGAGGAAAAAUAUAUUUCUUUUUCAAAAAAUAUUAAAGUUGGUGAGUAUUAUUGCUUAAAACUUGGAAAAAUGUGUCCAAUUAAUUUUGAAAUACGAUUUUUAGAUUCAUUCAAGUUUCUUCAAACAUCACUUGCCAAUCUUGUUUCAAAUUUGUCAGCAGAUGAUUUUCAUAAUACAAAUCAUGUAUUCAAGAAAAAUGUAGAUCUACUAACUCGUAAGGGAGUUUAUCCUUAUGAUUAUGUUUCAUCUCUAAAUAAAUUAUCAGAAACACAACUUCCACCCAAAGAGGAAUUUUACUCUCAACUAAAUGAUGAAGAUAUAAGUGAUGAAGAUUACCAACAUGCAAUUAAAGUCUGGAAUACAUUUGAAUGUAAAACAAUAAGAGAUUAUCACAAUCUUUACCUAAAGUCUGAUGUAUUACUGCUAGCAGAUGUAUUUGAAAACUUUAGGAAAACUUGUCUCAAACAUUACAAACUUGAUCCAGUUCACUAUUACACUUCUCCAGGUCUAGCUUGGGAUGCAUGUCUAAAAGAAACAGGUCAGCAUUUACAAUUAUUACAUGAUUAUGAUAUGUUAAUGAUGUUUGAGUGUGGUAUACGUGGUGGAAUAACACACAUAUCAAAAAGAUAUGCGGAAGCAAAUAACAAAUAUAUGAAAGAUUACAAUCCUGAUAAGGAGUCUAGUUAUAUACAAUAUCUCGACGCAAACAAUCUUUACGGUUGGGCAAUGUCUCAACAACUCCCAACACAUGGAUUUAAAUGGAUGAAAGAUAUAACAGAAGAAAAGGUAGUGGAAAUUCUAGAGAAAGCAAAUCAUAGUAUGUUUAAUAAAGGGAAAAAAGGAUAUAUAUUUGAAGUUGAUUUGGAAUAUCCUCCUUACCUAUGGGAAACACAUAAUGACUAUCCUUUAGCACCAGAGAAGAUGAUUGUAAAUGGUGUUGAAAAGUUAAUUAGUCAUUUUAAACCCCGAAAGAAUUAUGUUGUGCAUUAUCGUACUCUUAGACAAUGUCUUGAGUUGGGUAUGAGAAUAACAGCUGUUCAUAGAGGAAUAUCAUUUUAUCAGUCUCCUUGGAUGGAACCAUAUAUCAGAAAAAAUACUGAACUUAGAAUGCGUGCAGCCAACAAUUUUGAGAAAGACUUUUUCAAAUUAAUGAAUAACUCCGUCUUUGGUAAAACAAUUGAAAACAUAAGGAAAAGACAAAAUAUACAUCUUAUUGAUAAUCGUAAGAAAGCUGUCAAACUAUCAAGUCGACCAAACUUUGAUAGAGUGACAAUAUUUGAUAAAAGUCUUAUAGCGGCACAUACGAAAAAGACAGAAGUGUAUUUUAACAAACCAGUAUAUGUUGGUCAAGCAAUUCUAGAUUUAUCAAAAACACUAAUGUUUAAUUUUCAUUACACAUACAUUAAAGAGAAAUAUAAAAAUAAAGCAGAAUUAUUGUUUACAGAUACGGAUAGUCUAUUGUAUGAGAUUAAAACAAAAGAUUUUUAUCUAGAUAUAUGUCCUGAUGUAAGAGAUAAGUUUGACACUUCAGAUUAUCCUUCAAAUCAUAAAUCUGGAAUACUAACAGGAGCUAAUAAAAAAGUGAUUGGAAUGUUUAAAGAUGAAGUAGCAGGAAAACAGAUAACACAUUUUGUUGGAUUGCGACCCAAACUUUAUAGUUUUAAAAUUGAAGAGGAAAGGGAAGUACGUAAAUGUAAAGGAAUAAAAAAAAAUGUUGUGAAAAAGAAAUUAGAUUUUGAUGAUUAUGUUAAAUGUCUAUUUUCAGGUGAGAAAGAAAUGAGAAGUAUGAAAAUAAUAAGAAGUGAAAAACAUGAUAUAUAUUCUAAAGAAGUUAACAAAAUAGCCCUAAGUAAUGAAGAUGAUAAGCGCAUUGUUUUAGAGGAUAAAGUGCAUACUUUGGCUUUAAGAUAAAUAAGAAUAAAUAAUAGAUGUCUUAUACAGAAGAAGAAAUAAAAAAAUAUUUAGCUAUACUUUAUAAUUAUAAAAAUCCUAUUCAGCAAGUUAGUAAAAAAGCACAAUGUUCAAAUUGUAAAAAUACUGAAUUUUUUACAAUAGAUUCUGGGUACAAAAUUUGUGAAGAAUGUGGUACAGAAAAUGGUCAUGUAUUAGGAUUAUUUGAUGUAAAAGAUUUGGAUAGGUUGUAUUAUAGAAAAAAGAGUAUUUAUCAAAGGAAAUACCACUAUGAGAAAAAGGUAAAUGAAAUUUCUAAAAUAAUAAACCUAACUGAUGAACAAAAAUGUGAACUUUACGAUAAACUAACAAAAAUAGAUAAUCAUAUCAUGGAAAUACUAAAUAAGCAAUACUUAAGAAAGAGAAUGAUAAAUAUUAAUUAUUUAACCAAAAAAAUUUUGGAGGAGAUGGGUUGUGAAAAGUAUAAACUUAUUGAACUUAAGAUUAGCCCUCAAACUUUAGAGAUUUAUGAAAAGUGGUGGGAUAGUUAUAAAGGCUUAAAAAAAUAAAUAUUAUUAAUAAAAUGCAAAUACAAAUUAAUCCUCACUCAUUGUUAAAUCUAGAACAUAUCUGUGAAGUGUUGUAUAAACUUCAUCCAUCUGUUUUAAAUUUCUUGGUUGAAAUGGAAAGAUCUUUGGGAAAAAUACUUGGUUUUAUAGACUGCAACAAUAUGUCAUUAGAAGAAAGAAAAUUCUUAGCUAAUAUUGGUGAGGAAGUAGAUUACUCAAAGGAACCUGAGGAACCAAAGGACCAAAUUAAAAUAAUAAAGGGGUUGAAAAAAGACCAAGACGGUAUUCGUUUUCAUAAGCUAAGAAAAUAUAUUCAACUAGAUACUGAUGAAUAUAUUCCUAUGAAAAUUUAUGUUGAAGUUGAAGAUCCUGUAAUAGGAAGAAAACUAAAAGAAUUGGUUGAGGCACUUGAAAAAACUCGUGCUCCAGAACAAUUUUAUUAUAACAAAAAAGAAAUAGAUGAAAAUGCUUAUUUUGCUGAAGGCUAUGGUCUUACAAUGAAUGAGGAACAGAAAAAAAAAUUUGAUGAUUUCUUUUGGGGUGAGGAUGCUGAAGGUCUUGAAGAACUUUUAAGAAAGGAAAAGUUAUAUCCAUAA